AUGCGGGAGAACGAUAGUUCCUCAUGUCAGCAAAGCAAGGCGUCUGCAGCUUCGAGAACACAUUCUGACACAUCUGGCGACAAAAACAGUUCAGGUUCGAUAACGCAUUCUGACACACCUGGUGACACGAAUAAUUCCUUGCUGCUGUCCAAGUCCACUUCCCCGGUGGGCUCCCCAGUUGACCCGCUGGAGGGCACAGACUCAGCAGAAUGCUUGGUAUCAGCAAGCAAAUGCAAUCUAAAGACGACGGCGAUCAACUGCGAGUCGCAAGUCAUUCGUGUCAGCAACGGCCCCUGUGAGGCAGAAGACGAAUCCCAUACUCCGUUUGACAAGAGACGGUCUUACCUUCAAAUAUCCCGUCGUCUUCAGAAAAUUCGUGUCUUGCCCGCCUUGAUCGCCUGUUUUUCCUCACUGGUUGUCACCUCUGCCGUAUGCGGAGCGGAAAUAGCCAUCAGGGCAGUAGAUAUAUCCUCGUCUGUAGCCCUCCUAUGCUCUUCAGUCUUAGCUUGCUUAUUAGCCUCAUUUGCAGCUCAUAGGAGAAGUCACGCUCUUCUCGUUGGCCUCGUGAUGCUGGAGAUACUAUUCACUUUGUACUCAAUAGCAUUUGCCUCUGUUGGGAUAGUCAACGUGGGCCUGCUACGCAAGCGCCGAGAAAAAUUGCAAGAAGAUGACGUCAUGCAGGCAGAGCAACGCGAAAAUGCACUGAGGAUAACGCGAAACAUGCUGAUUGAACAGGCAGUAUUCACUUGCCUGUAUUUCCUCAUUGCAGCUGCGCACUGCUGUGCUGCAGCCUCAGCCAAUCACCUGCGAGCAGCUGUGAGGCCAUUUGACAGUCGCCUAAGAAGAAAACGCCAAAGAGCAAGGGCGAUGAAGAAGCUAAACGUUCUACCUCCUCGAGAGCAAGAAGAAAUAGAAGAGACUGGCGAUCAACGAACCCCGGCAGGAGGUUCUUCGAAAGGCUUGGGUCUGCUGCACUGCAACAGCGUGACUCAGGCUGAGGCGGCCUCUAAGGAUAGCUCCGAGUCCGGUGAAUUUGGAGAAGGCAACGACAGGCAUUCUGUGGAAGACUCAGGCAGUAAUAAUCUCACGACUAGUUCGUCUAGCUAUACCCCUACAGGUUCAAAUAGUUCUCAAAUGGCAGAAGAAGAGUCUGCAAAAACGGUUGAAGCAGGAGAUGUUUCAUAA